AUGGCCUCGCCCCGUGUGAAGCGCCCCUUUGCGGGCCAGGCCAGCGAUCCCUCGCAGCGUCAGAUCACGAGCUUCUUCGACCGAGACAACGGCAACGACGGCGAGCGGCCGGCCCCGGCUGACUGUCCGUCCUUGGAACGCCGCUCGUCGACGCCGCUGCUUCCUCCGAGCGUGCAGGCCAACCUGCUGGCCGUCGGCAUGCGUGUCCGCAAAUCGGUGCCGGAGGGCUACAAGACCGGCAAGGAGGAGACGGAGGGCAGUCCGGUCGUCGCGCCGAGAAGGACAGCCUUGCCGGCGGCCGCGCUCACGCCGACACUCACCACCGCCUACAGCAGCCCGGCUGCCCCGUCGCACCGCUCGUACUCGUAUCAUGCUCGACCGACACACGCACCGCGCGAGCUCGCGCCGUUUUGCGGCCUGCACCGGAUCGGCGGUCUCGGCGUGCAGCCAUGGAGCGACAGCAACGACGACGGCCGGCCCCUGUUUUCUGCGUCUCUGUUUGACGGCGGCCUCGACGAGGAGGACGGGGCUGCGCCGCCCAGCUUGACAAGCAGCCAGGAGACGGUGUCGUCAACAGCGUCGUCUUCCUACGCGCCGCCAUCCGCGCAGCCGUCCCGCGGCGCGUCUGCUUCCGCGCGGUUCGCCAUGACCAGCUUUGGAGCGGCGGCCGCGUCGACACGCAAGCGGUUCUACGGUCAAGAAGAGGAUGAGGAUGCCGAGGAUGCGUCUGCGGGUGCUGCCUACCAGAACGGCGGCAGCGCCUUUUUCCAGGUCCACGAAGACGCGCGUCUGCCGGUGUCCUCCUCCGCCGCCGCCGCCGCCUCCUCUGCCUCCAUCAACAGCUGGCUGACGGAUGGCCACGUCGGCAUGGAGCGAACGUCUUUCAACCAGGGACGCCGUGUGCUGGCUGUCCCGCGGCGGCGGCACGCCACGAACGGCGACCGGUCGCUGCUGAAGCAGUCGGAUAGCCAGCAGCGCGUGCGCUUCGUCGACCAGGAGAACGCCGAGAUUCUCGGCGACUUUGGCGAGGCCGAUUUCCUGGAUGCGAGCAUGCUGGCGGAGGGCAGUGGCGAGCACGACAUGGAGAUGGGCGGCAUGUAG